AUGGAGAGUAAGAACCUUCCUAUUUUGGAUCCCACUUCCGAUCCGAGGCAGGGCAAACUCUCAGGGACCGUUAUCACUGCACUUUCCAGGUCCCCGUCAUUUGCUCCUUCACUUCAACACCCAACUGUAACGUUGAUAGAAAAAAUGGAUUCUGAAGCGAAACGAAAAAGCCAGUCUAACAACGGCUUCGAAAUGGCUAAGAAAACCGUAAACACUAAGAGAAUGGAAGAACCUUCUGUAGUAGCUACUGCUAACAAAUAUCUCCCGUUAAAUAGUAUUUCAACCGAACCUCGAUCUGCUAUUGAAACUGUUAAUCAACCAGCUCCCCAAACAACUUCUCAAACAACCCCAACCAAAAUACCUCAAGUACCUCCGAUAGUCAUACCAGGCACACAUUCAACAACCUUUAUAACGGAAUUCAUGACUUCACUAAAUAUUACAAAUUAUUUCCUGUGCCGCACAAGAAAAGAUUUACGUAUUAUUCUCGUUUCUGCCAAUGAUCGUACUCUGCUCUUGCGUGGUCUAACAGAAAAUAAUAUUAAAUACCAUACAUUCGCAGUUCGUGGAGAUGAACAGCGACCUCAGCGGUUUAUACUAAAAAACCUCGAUCUCCAAGAAGACAUUGAAAAUGUGCCUGGUGGGGAAUCAACUUCACUAAGUGAUGGAAAUGGGACGCCUUCAACUGAAAAUUUAACGGAUAGGAGUCUUGACAAAAAUAGAGGAGAAAAAAAAGUGGAGAGGAAUGAAAGCAAUGUUACUGCUAUAUCUGAGCAACCAGUAGAUCAAGAAAAUAUUAAAAGUUCUGUGAAGAAGGUUCCACCUGACAGUGCCAGUAGCACAGAAGAUAGUGAAGAAGAAGAGGAUUACAGGCAUCUUGAAGGAUUUACAAGAUCAGCAGCUGGCAUUGAGAAGCUCGGCGGGAAUAUCGUGUUCAACCGGAGCGUUGUUGUUAUUAAGCUUGUUUAUACCACCUUCCACACCAUCGCACAUAGGUGGGGCAGGGGUUUCACUAUCAUCUCUAUCAGGCAUCUCCCACUCCUCUAG